AGUUGUCUGAGGCCGAUCAAUGCCAUUUUUAAAAUCCUACCAAGUGUUGUACCAUCUGGCCAAGGCAGCCACGGUGGUGGCAUUAGCGACGCUGCGAUGUUCCUGGCUGACCGCGGUGACAUGUUCACUACUGGUGUGGUCAAGCCUUCUGUGCUUCACAGCAAGCCGCUGCUCUCGGAUCUCGUCGCCUGCGAACAGGGAAGGGCCUGGAGUCUCCGACCGCCCAAAAUUGACGACCACGAUAUGAAAAUGGAAGGAUCCAAAUCUCGAAACCGAUCGAUUCUGACUAAAACGAGCAAAAAGAACCCCUUUGCUUCCCGCCAAAAGCCUCCCCCUGCCUUCGUCCUGUUUGCCAGAGAGCCCAACGGCUACACACCACUUCCCCCCUCAUCGUGGCCUGGCAACAGAGCAGACGGCACUGUCCGUUCUGCCUCUUCCCUCUGUAAUCUUCUGCUGGUACGAGGCGUGGCUGCACCCACUGUACUUCCCCCGCCAUGCAGGAUGCGAGCCUCAAAACGCGGCGAGGGACGUGUGGUCAUAAACGCUCCAGACCGCAGUGCUCAUUGCUACCUCAACCAGCCAGAGUGGCCAAGACCCGAACAUCAGAGGAAAAAGUCAAGGAAUCCUGAAGAGAAAGUGAAGUGCAAUGAUUUGAGGCAUUCUGGAGAAGGACGUACACAGCCGGACCAUAAACAAAAACAUACACGGGAUAAAUCUUCACGAGGGCAAAGCGAAGAUUCGGAAUACGACGAAACGUUUGUGGAAAGAAUAAAGAGUAUUCUGGCCCUGGCGAGGAGUGCAGUGGGCUCAUCUGGUUCCUCCAGUCCUGCCCCAGUGAAGGGCAUUCUCAAGUCCAGCAGUUCGUGCAUGCUGCCUGUCACUGAUGGUAGGGGGCUGGACUCGCCUACAGGAAGUAACUCCCGCUCUUCUACAAAGUCUCAAAAACGAGUGCAGUUUCGGGGUGUUGGCUGUGGAGAGGGGGGCGGAAGAGCCCAAUGCGAUGGAGAUAAGCGAAUACCUAAUGGUAUUGCUUGCUGUGACGACACCCCUCAUGGACCCAUCCCUUCGGAAGGGGACGGGAGCGAAUGCGUAGACAAUGAUUUCAUCAUGAACAGAGACAGGCUAGGAGGAAGAUCCUUUGAUAAUCUAGAGAACUCGGCAGACAUACGCUGUGCCUCACCCUCAGAGAAGAGAGACGUAGACGACUGCCCUUUCACAGCCUCUCCUUUCCCGCGUGAAGAUGGUGGUUUCACACCGCAGGCUAUGAGGGACGAAGAGCCCUACGACAUGAGCGUUCACCCUAAUGAACAAUUUCCGGUCAAAAUACCAAAGGCGAGUCGCAGAUCUCUACAAAACCCACGUGGCUAUGAUACAGUCAUACCCUCACGAAGACCUAAAUUUUUGGGGACACGGAACCGAUCCGGUAGUCAGAGAUCAGAUAAUCCAGGAACCCCUGAUCUCAUGAAUAGUAAUUGCCCUGAGACUCCAUCCUCAAAGUCCCACACAUUCCCCCCACCAACAGUGCGACAGUCUCCACAUAUAGCUGAAGACGAUGUUGUUUUAUCUCGACAUGGCACACUCGCUCCUAGUGAAAUGGCUGGGUAUGCUCAAGACUUUCGAAGUAAUCAAGACCUCCGUUAUGCUAGUGAAAUACCUAUGUGGAUACGCCAACGAGAUAAGACAAUUGACAGUUCCAUUGCAAAUACUAACGUUUCAAAGAAAAGUACGAAGUUGAAAGGACCGAAAGGGAAUAAAGUGACUAUGUCCAGUGCUGUGUUCGUCAGUCCUACGGUGCCUGGGGGUAUAUGCUGUAAAAUUGGGAAUGCUCCAAUUUCGUCUUGUCAUGGAGCAGAUAUCCGAAACCCAGGUCUCACGUCCAGGGCAAAGACACCUUUGGUCGACAGAAGGGAAACACCUUCAAACUCUACCGGUGGCCAAGCGACAGACGAGAAGACGAUGCGAAUCAUCCGGUGGCUCUACGAUACUGAACCCCCUACUCCCUGCCCUGAGACAGACCGCCCACGGACAGUGGUCGUCAGGCAUCCGGGUGGUGUAGGAUUUCAGUAAAAGUGACUUUCGAGAAUUAUAAUCAUGUACUAGAAGCGUAAGGUUGUAUUGAUAGGAAAUAAUAAAUCAGGGAGGAUUCAUUUUUCGAAAAGAAUCUUCUUCAUCAUCUUCUCUGUCUCUUUCACGGUGGUAUUGAAGAGUUCUCAGUCUGUUUCUGUUCUGGGCUUUCAUAUCUACUUCCAGCCGGCUAUGCCCCCGUCUGUCUAGGUUUUACCUUCUGAUUCAUUUCCUGUUGAAUCUCAGCCUUCCUCUUUUUCUUCUCCGUGAACGAUUCAUCACCAUGGGGCAUCGACGUCUUCUAAGAUUUGUGACUGGUUGUUCACCUUUCUUAAAGCUUUUGUAGCGACAUAUUUGUUUUCUAGGGUAGGGGUGCUAGCUUUACACCCUCACCCCAACCUGAAGGACCAUAUUAUGUCUCUAUUUCGGGAGGCAGUUCCUGUGUUGCCAUCCAGUCGCCUUUUACGACAUGCGUCUCACGUAAGCCCUAUUCUUUUCAGAAGCCGGGGACUGCACAGCGGAAUUGUGGUGUACUAUUCCUAACGGCAACUGUGUGCCCUUAACGUGCUCUCUAUUUAAAUUGAUUUCACUGUCUUAAGAACUGCUGGAAGAGUCAGUAAGAGUAACCACAGUUCGUAAGUUCGACACAUUAAUUAUUAAUACUAAUGGUACAUGGUAAUAACAGAAUAAAAGAAAUUACCAAGA